AUGAACGUCUCUGCUCUUGAGAAGGGCACCGGUAAGACCAAUAAGAUCGUCAUCACCAACGACAAGGGCCGUCUGUCAAAGGAAGACAUCGAGCGUAUGUUGUCUGAAGCUGAGAAGUACAAGGCUGAGGAUGAGGCCGAAUCUGCUCGUAUCUCCGCCAAGAACGCACUCGAGUCAUACGCAUACUCAUUGCGCAACACUAUCGGUGAUCCCAAGGUCGACGAGAAGCUCGAUGCUUCAGAGAAGGAGACUCUCAAGGCCGAGAUCGAUAAGACUGUCAACUGGUUGGAUGACAACCAGACUGCUACGGUAGAAGAAUACGAAGGCCAACAAAAGCAGCUUGAAGGUGUUGCCAACCCUAUCAUGGUUAAGAUGUAUGGUGGCGCUGGCGGCGAGGGUGGUAUGCCAGGCGGUAUGGGUGGUAUGGGUGGCAUGCCAGGUGGAGGAAUGCCCGGCGGUGGCUUCCCAGGUGCUGGUGGCCCUGGUGGUGCAGCUGGUGGCGAUGACGGACCAACCGUUGAGGAGGUCGAUUAA